GCUCGGUUCUCAAAACGGAUCCAGACAAAAAUAAAGGACCUUCUGCAACAAAUGGAGGAAGGGCUGAAGACGGCAGAUCCACAUGACUGCUCUGCCUAUACUGGCUGGACUGGUAUUGCCCUCUUAUAUCUGCAACUGUAUCGCGUCACGAAAAACCAGAGCCAUUUGCAGCGGUCUCUUGAUUAUGUGAAGAGAAUCCUGCGCAAUCUGAAUGGCAGAAGAGUUACUUUCCUCUGUGGUGAUGCUGGGCCCCUGGCAGUGGGUGCAGUGGUUUAUCACAAGCUGAAAAAUGACAGUGAAUCUAAAGAGUGUGUUGCCAAGUUGCUGCAGCUCCAAAGGACAGUCAUAAGCACAGAUGCUGAUCUUCCAGAUGAGCUGCUUUAUGGCAGAGCAGGUUACCUGUAUGCCUUGCUGUACUUGAAUACUGAAAUCAGCCCGGAGACUGUCCCACAGUCAGUUAUCAAAGAGGUAAUAGAUGCUAUUAUUGAAUCGGGGAAGAACUUUUCAAAGGAGGAACGGAAAGCAGACCGUUGUCCUCUGUUGUACCAGUGGCACAGGAAGCAGUAUGUUGGAGCGGCCCAUGGAGUGGCUGGGAUCUAUUACAUGCUCAUGCAGCCAAUUGCAAAUGUGGACCAGGAGACCCUGGCGGAGCUGGUGAAGCCGAGCAUUGACUAUGUGCGUCAUAAAAAAUUCAGAUCUGGGAAUUACCCGUCGUCACUGAGCAACGAGACUGACAGACUGGUUCACUGGUGCCAUGGUGCCCCCGGAGUCAUCCACAUGCUCAUGCAAGCUUAUAAGACCUUUAAAGAGGAUAAAUACUUGAAAGAUGCUAUGGACUGUAGUGAUGUCAUCUGGCAGAGAGGUUUAUUGAGAAAAGGAUACGGGAUCUGCCAUGGUACUGCUGGCAAUGGCUACUCCUUCUUGUCUCUCUAUAACCUAACUCAGGACAAAAAGUACCUCUACCGAGCUUGCAAGUUUGCUGAGUGGUGUUUGGAGUAUGGUGCACAUGGAUGUCGUAUUCCUGACCGACCUUACUCUCUCUUUGAAGGCAUGGCUGGAGCUAUUCACUUCCUCUCAGAUAUUUCGGUACCGGAGACUUCCCAGUUUCCAGCUUUUGAACUUGGACCUCAAAGGAGAGAAAACAAAGUGGAACAGGACAGCUAAAAGACGAUUUUGAAAGGAAACUGAUGCCAAAAGAGAUGAGACUGUUUAGUGCCUCUGAUACUGAACCAACUCAGCUCUGAACCGACAGAUGGAUAGACCGCUUUUCUCACCCCUCCCUGCCCCAAAGGACCGUGAAGUCAUUAGAACAUGAAUGGGAGCAGCCACAUUUAAGUUCUGGUGAAGUGACACCUGCAGACGUAGGACAAGAGAAGUCGUGUGUUGAACUUUCUCCCCUCCGUUGUGUUUGUCUUCUUCAGGUCUUUGACAUGCUCUGCAUGUUUAUUGGUGUUGUCUGUUGAUUCGAGUCUUUUGUUGUUAGC